UGUGUGUCGGUUCGGUUUUUGGUGAUUUUCUGCAAGUUGUGGUAAUUUUAAUCCAAAACAACUAUAAACUAGAAGUUUUUCAAUUAAAAAAUUAGAUUAAUUGAAUCCUUAGGAUAUUAUCCUUUGAUUUGUUGAAUAAUCUUCUCGAAAACACUUCAAAUCGAGUGAAUAUUUCAAUAUUUUCUUUGCAAUAUUGUGUUGUCCUACAAUACUGCAGCAGGCAGGCAGGCAGGAACUCCCGGGUUGUGUAUUCGCUUCGUUCAAAAUCGAUUUGCGCGUGUGUGUAUGUGUGUGUUAGUGUUCAAUGUGGUUUGUGUAUAUUUACAAAAAGUAAAUGAACGAAAAUAACAACAAAUAAUAGGAGAAAAAAACAAGAUUUCCUUAAAUCAUUCAAGAUAUCCUUCAUCUUCAACCGAAAUUCAUCAAUAAUAUCCUUGUUUUCAAGAUUCUAAUUGUCCUAAAAUAAAAUAUCCUUCGCGAAAAAAAAAUCCUCUGUAUCUGUAACCUAGUUGUUGACGUUUGUUUUCGGGUGUGAACAUUGAACAGUCAAAAAAAAAAGUACCAGUAUCACGAAAUAUGUUUGCAAAAGGAUAAUUCAGGAAGCUGUCAGCUUGGAAAUACUCUCCUGUUAGCUGCUGCUGCUAUUACAACUCUGCUGCUCUAGUGUGUGCAUUUGAAGUGCAAUUUUGUUACAUUGAAGAAGGAAAACGCAACCAGCUUGGACUGAAGUCUCUCCUUUCACCCAAAGGAUAUACGAACAAAAAUUAUAUUAUCCCCCAAAAGAAGUCCUUUCCAUAUACAACAAUUCACUAUCAACAUCACCCACAGCAACAACAACAACAGCACCCAAGUGGCCAAGGAUCAAAAGGAAACCUAGCUCAAACUUACAACUAACAACAAAAAAAAAACGACCUGACAGGACGAAAAGAUACAUACUACAAAUACUAUAGCACCUCUCCUGAAUAAGUCGUCCUUGUGUAGUAUAGUGUGUACUCAUUGUUGUCCAACACCACCUCAACCCCAUUUUCGUCCAUUGAUUGUCGUCCACUCCUUCUCCAACCUCCUUCCUAAGUCCUGUUUUGGAAAGGAAAAUUAAAACACUUGCUUUACAUGACAGCAGUGGAUACAAUGGGAGCUGCAACUUGGAAUACAAAAGGCGCUACUAUGCCAUUUGCCGUUGGCUAUGGCCGUAGCAUCAUUGUCGUUGUCCUGCUAGCUAUGAUGUCCUCCAUUCGAGCCAUUACCGAAGAAUUGUCACCAGAUCAUGUCCGCGAAUUCAAUUGUGGCAAACUGUACUACAGAACGUUCCAUUUGGAUGAAGAUCGUGAUUCACUAUUUGUUGGUGCAAUGGAUAAUGUAUUUCGUCUAAGCCUAAAGAACAUUUCUGCAUCAGGUUGUGAUAGAGACGUUGUCAAGCUUGAACCAACAAUGGAUGAUGUACGUUCCUGUGUGUCAAAGGGUAAAAGUCAGGUCUUCGAUUGCAAGAACCACAUUCGUGUCAUUCAAUCAAUGGCGAACGGCAACAGGCUGUACAUUUGUGGCACGAAUGCUCACAAUCCCAAGGAUUAUGUCAUAUAUUCGAAUCUAACCCAUUUACCAAGAUCGGAAUACGUGCCAGGAAUCGGAUUGGGUAUCGCCAAGUGUCCAUACGAUCCACUUGAUAAUUCAACAGCGAUUUACGUCGAGAACGGAAAUCCAGGGGGUCUACCUGGUUUGUACUCAGGAACAAAUGCAGAAUUUACCAAAGCAGAUACUGUAAUCUUCCGGACAGAUUUAUAUAAUGUUACAGCUAAACGAAAGGAAUUUGGUUUCAAAAGGACAUUGAAAUAUGAUUCUAAGUGGUUGGACAAACCAAAUUUUGUUGGAUCCUUUGAAAUUGACGAUUAUGUGUAUUUCUUCUUCCGUGAAACCGCUGUCGAAUACAUCAACUGCGGCAAAGCUGUAUACUCGCGCAUUGCACGCGUCUGCAAAAAGGACACCGGUGGCAAAAAUAUCCUCUCGCAAAAUUGGGCAACCUAUCUGAAGGCUCGACUCAAUUGCAGCAUAUCCGGCGAAUUCCCGUUCUACUUCAAUGAAAUUCAAUCCGUUUAUCAGUUGCCAACGGACAAGACCAAAUUCUAUGCGACAUUCACCACCAGUACGAAUGGUUUGAUUGGGUCAGCUGUAUGCAGUUUCGAUAUCAACGAAGUCCAUGGAGCUUUCAAUGGUAAAUUCAAAGAACAAUCCACAUCGAAUUCAGCAUGGCUACCAGUUUUGAAUUCAAAAGUACCAGAUCCAAGGCCCGGUACAUGUGUCAAUGAUACAUCAAAUCUGCCGGACACAGUUCUUAAUUUUAUCCGAUCUCAUCCGCUUAUGGACAAGGCCGUCAACCACGAACACAACAAUCCUGUUUAUUAUAAAAGGGAUUUGGUCUUCACUAAGCUGGUUGUUGACAAAAUCGAUCAAGAAAACACUGUCUACUAUGUAGGUACAAAUCUUGGUCGCAUCUAUAAAAUCGUACAAUAUUAUCGCAAUGGUGAAUCUCUAUCCAAAUUGUUGGAUAUCUUUGAAAUUGCCUUAAACGAGGCCAUUCAAGUAAUGGAAAUCAGUCAGACACGUAAGUCACUUUAUGUGGCCACAGAUUAUCGUAUCAAACAAAUCGAUUUGGCAAUGUGCAAUCGACGCUAUGACAGUUGUUUCCGUUGUGUUCGAGAUCCUUAUUGUGGUUGGGAUAGAGAUGCAAAAGUCUGUAGUCCUUACAAAAUGGGAUUAUUACAGGAUGUUGGUAACCGCACCAAUGACAUUUGUGAUUCAAGCGUGCUAAAGAAGAAAAUUGUCGUCACCUAUGGACAAAGUGUGCAUUUGGGUUGUUUUGUUAAAAUACCAGAAGUUUUGAAAAAUGAACAAGUUACUUGGUAUCAUCAUUCCAAGGAUAAAGGACGUUAUGAAAUUAAAUACAGUCCAACAAAGUAUAUUGAAACCACCGAACGUGGCUUGGUUGUUGUAUCCGUCAACGAAGCUGAUGGCGGACGAUAUGACUGCCAUCUGGGUGGAUCACUUUUAUGCAGUUACAAUAUAACCGUCGACGCUCACAGAUGCACACCGCCAAAUAAAAGUAACGAUUAUCAAAAGAUCUAUGCAGAUUGGUGUCAUGAAUUUGAAAAAUACAAAUCAGCUAUGAAGUCGUGGGAAAAAACGCAAGCGCAAUGUUCCACCCGACAAAACUUCAGCAAUCAACACACCAAUGAAGUAUUUCGUAAAAACAAUGUCUGAUAUCAAAAUAAACUUUCAAUUUCGUCCAUAAAACUUUUUCAAUAAAUAAGUUAUUCAUCCAUCAUUAUCACUACAAUCACCACCACCACAUCAAAAGUCUAGGUUUUUUUUUCAUUGACAAUUUUUUUUUCCACAAAAAUUUAAACUUAUAUCACUUUGUCCUGACGAUAAAAAAAAAUCACAAGAAAAAAAUAAAUUAAACUUUUAUCCCACAUCAAAGGACGACUAAAAAUGUUAUUUAUAGUGAUAUAUCGAUGAAUUUUAUUUUAUUUUUUUUUUUUGAAAAAUAAAUUUUUUGCCUAAACCACACAAAAUAAAAAAAACAAAAAAAAAUACCAUAAAGUACUGAAUAAAGGUUACAAUAACAACACCAUCAUCAAAAAAAAAAAACUUAAAAAUAAAAAAAUUAUAAAAGUCGCCCGAACAAAAAUAGAAUACUACCAAAACCAUCAGCGGCCACACAAAAUAUUUUGAGAUUAUAGACUCAUCAACUUUCAACAUCCAGCAAAAAUAAAUACAAAAAAAAAAAACAAAAUCAAAUAUUAAAUUUUUUUCUACACAAAAAACAAAUACUUUUAAAUUCGGCGCAGUACUGAUAGACAUAAGUAAAAACAAAUAAUUUCAACAACACGACAACACUCAUCAUAAAAAUAACUUUCAAUUUUUUAAUUAAUUUUUCAUGCAUAAAAAAAACCUAAUUAUUAUAUUUGUCAUGAAAACUCAACUAAAACUUUAGCUAAUUUAAACAAAAAAAAU